AAAAAAACACCUCUCAGUUUCCACUAAACUUUCCAAACAACAAAAAUUUCAACCUAAAACAGAAAAAAUGAGAACAGAAGUUGGCUUCUCUACAAUCACAUCAAAGUUCGAACAAUCAAAAUCUACCGUAAAAGCUACAUUUUCACCGCCGGCGAUGGUACAGAGAUCGCCAUGGCAUUCUCCGGUACCGUAUCUCUUCGGCGGUCUAGCAGCUAUGUUAGGGUUAAUAGCUUUCGCUCUUCUAAUUUUGGCUUGUUCUUACUGGAAACUCUCCGGUCAUUUAAGAGAAAACGGCGAAAUUGAUCACGAUUCGGAAGUAGAUCCUGAGUCCGGCGACGGUGAAAAACCGGCGAUCGGAAUUGUGAAGGCGAUGCCGGUGUUUGAAGAGAAGAUUGUUGUGAUAAUGGCUGGAGAUUUGAGGCCGAGUUUUUUGGCAACGCCUGUGUUAAGUAAAAACUCUGUUUUGGGAGACGGAAGUGAUUUGAAUAAAUUCGAGAAGAAAUUGGAAAAGGAAACCGAAGAAUUAGGUGAUGAGAAGGAGAAAGAAGAAGUAGUGAUUGAAGUUAGAGAAAUGAGCCAUGGAGAAUCUCAAAACAGCCAUGGACAAAAUCACUAAAAGAAAUUCUUCUAUUACUCUUUUUUUUUUUUUAACAAAUUUCGUGCGACGAGCUCAAUUGAAAAUGCAUGCAGAUAAUAUGGAACUCAAAAUCUACUACUUGGAGUGUGACGAGCUCAAUCGAGAAACACAUGCAGAUCGUAUUGAACUCGGAAUUUUUUACUUGAAAAAUCUUCUGCUCAAUCAACUCGAUCAUCAUCACCAAUGUGGCAUUUUUUGUUUCUUUCUUCUGCUUUUCUGGGGAAGGGGGAUUUCCAGUUUUGAGUUAACGGGAAUUGUAAAUUGUUGGUUGAGAUGAGAUGAGUGUAAAAUUUAUUUUUCUUAUGCUAUAGAGUUUAAUUUUAAACAUUGAUGGGGUAUUUAAAAUAUUUAGA